AGUUUCUUAUUGCACUCUGGACACAGGAAAAGACAGAAGAGACUUUAAUCUACACAACAGUAAGGACAAAGAACUUUUAAUGCAGUGCAAAGACUUGAAGAAUGAAUUCCAAAGAGGAGGAAACACUCAGCUUUUUCCAGUAUGUUGAAGAGAAUGGCCUGAGAGCCUACAACAGGCUGCUUUCUCAGAACUUGGACCACGCCAGGAAUGAGAGAAACAGGACAUUCCUGCAAGAAAAAAAAGACAAGAAAAGAAAACAGGAGGAAGCCAUAAGGAGAACUGGUGAGGAUAUAGCAACAGAAGGCAAAUACUUCCGUAUGGGCUCAAUAACCAUGCCUGACCCACAGGAGUGCAUGCCCUUGCCCCACCUGCACACCAUCGCCUGUGGGCAGGGCUUCUCCGUCCGCUCCCAGUCCCUCCACUCUGUUGGGGGUGGGGGAAACAGUGGAGGGGGAGCAGGAGGAGAGGAGGAAGUGGGGAGUCCCACCUCUAGGAAGCAGCCACCGCCUAAGCCUAGGAGGGACCCAGCCACCAAGCUGAGCAUGUCAUCUGAGGCAGUGGACCACAGUGCCAUCUCCACCUGCCAGGGAGAAAGAUGUGACGCACAAGAAUGCAAUGAGGACUGUAGGAGAGUGCCACCCCCCAAACCCAAGAGGAACCCCAAUACACAACUUAGUGUUUCCUUCGAUGAGUCCUACAUUAGGAGUCACGGAAGCAGUGGCGUGUGCCCGUCCAAGCCCCUCCAGCUCACCACAUCCCCGUGUGAACGUAAACCCUCACCUCCCCAGAGUGAUGAAAGUCCUACAGAUGACUGUGAGGAUGAACCUAUUUAUAUAGAAAUGGGUGGGAUUGACAUAGGGCUGCGAGAACCAGUGAAGAGUGAGGAUGAGGAACCAGGAGAGUCUGUGUAUGAGGAAAUGAAGUAUCCAGCCCUGGAUGAUAUGGAAUACCGAAGUGAUCCCAUUGGAUGUCGUUCUGCCUGUCCCACCCCGGCACCCUAUGACCCUGAGCCUCUCAGCCGUUGCUCUACGCCUCGAAACAUUCCUCUCUGUGACAUUCCUGCACCCUUUCCUAAUUUACUCACUCACCGGCCUCCGCUGCUGGUGUUCCCUCCAGCACCAGCCCAAUGCUCACCAAACUCAGAUGAGUCUCCUCUCACACCUUUAGAUGUAACCAAACUACCAAUGCUGGAGAACCAACCCUAUAGCAAAUCUCCCACCUCUUCAAGUGAGCCUCCCACCUCUGCUCAUAUCCGCAGGGAGCUCACUGCUACCCCAACUCUCACUGUCUCAGGCCGCUCCUCUGCACCUCCUCUCCCCUGUACUCUCUAUAAAUCUUCCUCAUCAUCGUCCUAUCAGCGAAGCCACUCUGCCUGCCCUUCACCAGUCAGUAUGGGGCGCUGUCUUACCCCUCUGAGCUUGAUGCGUACACCUCCAUUUGAUGCUCCAAUUCCAUUUCCCGGGGGUCUCCCACGGAGUGCCUCUGCUACCCCUCAUGGCAAAGGUUCCCCGCCUCAAGAAGGUGUUGGACGACUCCAUGGCUCUAUGCAGAAUGUGUCAACAAGUCGUUCGCGCACACCCACCAGUCCACUGGAUGAACUAACAAACCUGUUUACCACAGGCCGGAAUAUGUUAAAGAAAAACACCAGUGGAAGAAAGUCAAAAGAACCUGGAGAGACUGAAUCUAAGGUCAAGUCACACAGUGAUUCCAGGCGAGAAGGUAAGGAACGCCACAGCCACAGCAAGGAAUCCAAACGUGAGUCCAAAGAGCGUCAUAGCAAGGAAUCAUCUCAUCGAAGAGAAAAAGAUAAAGAAAAAGACAAAGAUAGAGGUGGCAGCAAUACAGAACCUCCACUUCACAGACGCAACAGUAGAGACCGCACUUUCAGCAGUACAGACAUGCCCAUUGUCUGCAGGGACAGCAAGGAUCAGUCCUCCAGUUGUCUAGAGCCAAUCCCUGGAAGAAGGGACUCCAAAGACAGAAGUUGCAGCUCCUUAGAUCCCAUACCUUUGAUAAGAAAAGACUCCAAGGACAGAGGUCUUAGUAAUGGUGAACUGAUGCCAAGGAAAGACAGCAAAGAUCGAAGUGUGGGACACAAAAUAGAAUCUUCACAAAGACAAGACAGCAAAGAUAAGGAAAAAUUGAUAGAUCAACCUCACGACCCAUUAUUAAGACAAGAAAGCAAGGAAAGGAUGAGGAAUGGUAUCGAUUACAAGCAUGAAAGCAGGGAGCGACUGCUGGAUCGGCCACUUGAGCUUUUACCUAGACAGGACAGCAAAGAGAGAACCAGAAAUGGUUUUGAAUCAAAGCAAGACAGCAAAGACCGGGUCAGUGAGCUCCUGUCUCAUCAGGAAAGCAAAGACAGAUCUAGAAAUGGACUAGAGUAUAGGCAUGAAUGCAAAGACAAUCGUUCUGAUUUGUUACUCCAUCAAGAGAGUGUAGAGAGAGAAAGAAGUAGCACUGAACAUAAACAUGAAGGAAGAAUAGACCAGCCUCCUGAGAUGCUGCAUCAACAAGAAACCUACAGGAGCAACAGGGUUGAUUUUAAGUAUGAGGGCAGAGAUUGGAGCUGUCACAACGGAGGGGACCUUCCUCCCGCCCUUUUUGCAAGGCAGGAGAGCAAAGACCUGAGUAGGACAGGCCUUGAAGUGAGACGGGACAGCAAAGACAGAAGUCUCAAUGGCUCAGAGCAGCUUUAUUAUGACAUCAAGUGCACCAAGAGUCCUCCUACAGUGGAGUAUAGAUGCGAUAGAGAACGUGGGCACAGAUCAGAUAGUACACCACGGCAUGAUAAAGGAGCGAAAAAAAACAUGGACAUGUCAAAAGCACAAGAAAGAAAUGGCAGCAGUGUUUCAGGGCACAAUUCAUCAGCUACACCUACUCACAAUGGGAGACCAUCCCGUAGCCCACCUUUGACAGCAGGAACUGGAAAUGAUUUGAAAACAGCACCUAAGUAUAGCCACUCCCCUUUAACGCCAAAUAAUCCUUCGCCAAUGGGAACGCCACAAAGGAGAGCAGCAGAGACACAUCAAAGUCAGAUGCUCCAGAUGCCAUGGAUAUGCGGAGACACCACUAUGCUUGAGCAAAUAGAGAGAAAACGUAACCUUUGUUCAGAAAUCCUUUCUAGACAGCACCCACACUUGCAGAGAUAUCUGGAAAGGCCUUCACCUACAGACAAGAAUGACGACAAACACCUCGAGCGAAGUCAGUGCAAGCAGGAGAAUGCAUCUAUCCUCGCUGGCUGCGGAAAAAGCAGUGGAACCAAAAAGAUUCGCCCUCCACCAUACCCAACACAAACAACUGUAUUUUGGGACACAGCCAUCUGAAAUUUCAAAAAAAAGAAAGACAAAGGAAACCUUCAACCUCUUUACCACACAACUCUCACACACUCCUUCUCCCUUGUUUGUGGUACUGGGUCUCCACUGUAACAAUGCUUCAGGGUGACCGCAAAGUGCACCAGAGGGUGUGAUACUCGCUGAUGUCAGGACUAUAGUUGUUACCAUUGCAAUAUUUCUGCUUGUUCAGGUUGUCACAUUUUCUUAUCAUCACUGGUGAUAUUUGAUAUUUUUCUAUUUCCUGUGACUGAACUCUUGUACAUUGAUUAGUAGAGUAGAUAUUCAAUGAUGAACAGAUAUUUUCUAAAUAAAACAAUGGGAAACAAAAAGCAUAAUAAAUUAUGUAUAAUAGAUUUGAAUGCAAUCUAGUAUUUGUUUCAAUGUUAUUUUUUGUCUAGUUUAUUUUACAUUUAAAUGACAUAAUCUAUCAAUACUUGUACUGUAGUAACAAUUUUUUUAAUUCCCAAUUCUUUGUGUGUGCGCAAAAACACUGAAAUUCUGCUCCAAUGCUUGAUACUAUAUUCUUCACAUUUUCACUGUUGUAUGAUAAGUUGAGGAGAGAACAUUAAGGUGUUUUAGAUGCCAGGGAGGCUCUCAGAGACUUGACAGCUAUAUUCUAGAAUGUACAGCAGUUUGUACUGAAACAGUUCGUUUCAUUUUAGUAAGUUGUGGUCAAUAGCUUGCAAACUCAAAGCCCUUCUGAAGUGGUUGAGUUAUUCCUCCUGUUAGCUCCAAAAAAAGCUAUGAGGUUAAUAUUUUAUUAUAUAGCGCAUUAGGACACAUUUUUAAUUGUCUAUGACCAACCAAAGCCUGUUCAUGUGUCAAAUCUGCUGUGCCAGUUUUUUUUAUUUAUUUUUUUUAUCAGGGCCAUAUGGGGAAUUUGUUAAGUGUGGGGCUGGAAAAUGAGGCGCAUGAACAGCAGAUAAACAAGAACAGCAUAUGUGACAGUUUUACAACAAUGUUCUGGCUUUUUUGAUUCCUUUGCUCGCUGUUGCAAAUGGGUUGACUUUCUUUGUAACAGAAUAGCUGCAUUUUAAUUGGUUGAGGUGCAACAAUAAUGACAGCUCAUAGGAUGGUUACACUCAGACAGUUGGAUACUUGUAAAAUUAUUAUUGGGAGGAGUUGGUGAGUAAUAUCACCCUUUUAAUGCCACACACACACAAUGUGGCCACCAUGACCAUGUAAAUAAUUGAUAGCAACAGUUAGCCAGUACAAUCAAGACCUAAGCUUUUAGUGGAUUUCUUAAUUUUACUACAGAUUAUGAUAGCCAUAUGCACUUGAAGAAAUAAUGUUCAAUGUUAAGCUUAUAUAUAUUUUCGGGAGAUGUUAAGAGUGAUGAGUUGUGCCAUGUUGUUAUGUUUUAAUUUGUCGGCUGGAAAGCGAAGCCUCAGGACUCUGGCUGUGUUCUACAUGCAGUCAUCUAUAUUUGGUUGUCUUCGACGAUGUUCCCAAUGCAGAAUUGGUCGGCAACCACUUUAGAAAUAUCAGAUUGUUUUAAGGACCUAUCACAUUGCAGUCAAAAAGACAAGGGUUGCACAAUAGCCUUUAAAACAUGGGCUUUAAAAAUAGCGCUACCAAUCAUUUUCUAAUACACGGAAUCAUGUCCUUCUCUUCCUGUUUUCACCCUCUACCUCAAUCCCUUUCCGACAUCUAAAUUGGUCUUUCUUUUUUACAUUAAAAUGCUAUGUUGACAUAACAAAUAUCAUCAUUAAUUUGGCCAAUGAGCCAGUCCUGAGUGUACAACUGCAGCUCACUUUGGUGAGGGUUAAAGUAAAAACUUUACUUUGUGUUGUUACUGUAUGUGUGUGAAAAAGAAAAGAAAAAGCCUGUUUGUGGGAGUGUGUGAGUGUGUGACUGAGUUUGUGCCAAGCCACAAAGGCUUGCAUUUCGCAAUUUCAGAAAUGAUUGUUUUAAAGAUAUUCACAUUCCUCUAUCAUAACAUUGAUGGAUGAAGGGUGGAAAUGUAAUAUUUACGAUGUACAAUCUUUUUGUGUGUACAAACAUGCACUGUGAAAAGGUAGAGAGAGCACCGCACUGUCAGUCCUCUUUGUGUGUUCUCGUUUUGCGUUACAUUGAAAAAAAAAAGAAAAAGGGGAAAAAAAAGUCCUGUAUUCUGAUUGUCACUUGGGCUCUUUUGAAAUAAAUAAAUAAAUAUGAAUAUAAAAUCUACAUUGAAAA